AUUCAAAGGAAGAAAAAGGCCAAUGGCACCGAUCGUCACAGAUACAUUGUCAUUAUUAGUGCGCCAAUCCUUCUUUCUCUUGCCCAGCAUCCGCAAGAUCUAAACCAGAGCAAGGCCAUCGCCCUUGAAUCGACAGUUUGGAUGGUGCAUUCUCCCACAGUUUCUUUCUAACCGUAGUAUAAUGGCUAACACUCUAGACACCCCCGACGGGCACGCUUGGCUCCUCCAGUGCUUACAAGGCACGCUGGACGCCAACCCUGCGGUCAGGGUCAGCGCCGAAACCGCCCUCAAGCAGGCCGCCGACCAAGCCGGUUUCGGCCCCGCUCUAGUUAAGAUCGUCCUGAGCUUUGAAGUCCCUUAUGGUCUGCGACAACUAGGUGCUGUGGUGGUAAAGAAGUACGUCAAGGAACACUGGCAGGACGGGGAGAAAGGAUUUGUCGGACCAGUUGUGAGCGAUUCGGACAAGGCGGACGUCCGGAGGCUGCUGCCGGAUGGGCUUGCAGACGCGAAGGGGAAGAUUCGGACGGCUGUCGGCAUGGCGGUUGCGGCCAUUGCAAGGAUGGACUGGCCGCAGGAGUGGCCGCAGCUAAUGGACGUUCUGGUGACGGGGAUCAAGGACCGGGGGAAUGUGAACAGAAUGCAAGGAUCCCUGCGCUGCCUCUCCCUCUUUGCUGGCGACAUCGACGAUGCUCAGAUGCCGCGGGUGAUCGCUGUGCUCUUCCCGGAGCUUCUGGCGAUCGUCUCAAGCGGGGAUGCAUACGAUCCGUCCAUUCAGAGACGGGCGCUCAGCAUCGUGCACAGCUGCAUUGCGACACUCGGGCUCAUGAGUGGGGUCUAUCUGAAAGAGACGCGCGAUCUGCUGGCCCCCAUCAUCCCUGCGUGGCUGGACCAGUUUGCGCGCCUUCUGGCGAUGCCCCUCGCGGCGGAGGACAUGGACAACCUGGGCCUGAAACUAGAGGUCAUCAAAACGCUCCAGCAGGUCGUCCAGAACUUCGCAAAACUUGCGGUCAGGGACCUGCCACGUGUCCUUGGCGCACUCUGGCAGACGUACGUCAAGGGCGCGGCCGUGUACGAGCAAAUGGUCGUCCUCGGCGAGGGGGAUCGUCCGGAGGCGUACGAUUCGGACGGGGACGAGCUGAACCUGGAGACGUUCACGGUCCAGCUGUUCGAGUUCUUGCUCACGAUCGUGAGCAAUCCGCGGCUCGCGCCGAUGAUCGAGGGGAGCAUUGGCGAACUGGUGUACUAUGCGGUCGGGUACAUGCGCAUGACGGACGAGCAGACGGAGGCGUGCGCGGCGGACCCGAACCAGUACGUUGCGGACGAGGAGGAGGAGACCUUCAGUUGCAGAAACUCGGGGGGUCUACUUCUGGAGGAGCUCAUCGAGUCGUUUGAGGAGCGCGCGCUCGUCGCAAUCGCGGGCGCCGCGCAGCAACGGAUGGAAGAAGCUAAGGAGGCCAAGGCGGCGGGCAAGUCCGACUGGUGGAAGAUGCGUGAGGCGUCCAUUCUCGCUCUCGGCACCUGCGCCGAGCGCUUCAUCGAGUUCCAGCGAGCGGGGGUCUCCACGUUCGACAUCCCCGCCUUCCAGGGGGGUCUUUUGCAUGACGAUCUGGGGGGGGGAAACGAGAGCGUGCCGUUCCUGAGGGGGAGGGCCUUGUGGGCGGCCGCAAAAUUUGCGGACGCUCUUCCGAAGGAGCAAGCGGUGCCGUUUCUGCACGCGGCAGUCGGGGCGCUGUCGGAAGGAACCCCCCCCGCGAUCCAGAUCAGCGGCUGCCGCGCGCUUGCGCAGCUGUGUCCGAAACUAGACGCGGACGUCGUCCGGCCCGUGCUGCCGCUCGUCUUUUCCAGCCUAGACGCGCUCCUGAAAGCUGCCACCGAAGAGACGCUGCACUUGGUGCUCGAGACUUUGAGCGUGGCCGUCAGAGCAGAUGGCGCUACCGCGGCCGCGUUUGAGGCCACCAUCUCCCCCGCCGUGCUCCACGUCUGGGCCCAGUACGUCACCGACCCGCUUAUUUCGGAAGACGCCCUCGACGUUCUGGAGGCCCUAGCGGAAUUUCCGGAGUGCAUCCAUCCCCUGUUCCUGCGCGUCGUUCCGUCCUUGGCUGGGGUCUUAGCAGCGCCCGAUCAACAACCGCCCGGCCUCGUAGAAGGCGCGCUGGAUCUGCUAACACUGCUACUGCAACGCUCCCCCGCUGACGUCAGCCGGACCGCGUUCGGCCCCUGCUUCGGGGCGACCGCCCGCAUCGUGAUGACGACGGAUGACGCGGCGCUGCUGCAGAGCGGGGCGGAAUGCCUGGCGGCAUUCGUACGGAGCAGCGGAACGGAACUUCUGCAAUGGGGACCGGCGAAAGAAGAAACAAUGAAGACGUUGCUAGACGCGACUGGCAGGUUGCUAGACCCCCACAUGGACAGCAGCGCGUCUCUCUACGUGGGCAAUCUCAUCACGCAACUAGUGCGGCGGCUCCCUGGAGAUAUGGGCCCUCAUUCACGCCCUCUGCUGGCGGCCCUCGUCGCGCGCAUGCAGUCCUCGCUCAUGCCCGCGCUCACCAUCUCGCUCCUCCUCGUUGUCGCGCGCCUUGUCCACAUGAGCGCCCCCAACGUGAGCCAGCUGAUCGACGCCCUCGUCUCCCUCCCCGCGCAAGGUUACAGCAACGCGCUCUCUUUCGUCCUCUUCGAAUGGACCAAAUGGCACGGCGAGAUCCAGGGCGCGUACCAAAUCAAGGUUAGCCUAACCGCGCUGGCAACCCUGCUGGCGUCGGGGGAUCCCCGGCUGGGCAGCGUGAUCGUCCAGGGGGAACAAAUUCAGCCGGAGGAAGGGGGGGUGAUCAUGACGCGGUCGCGCGCGAAGCAGGGGGGGCGGCUCGAGCGGUACUCCAACGUCAGCCUGCCUGUCAAGCUCAUAGCCAUUCUAGCCGACACUCUGACGGAGAUGAAGGAGGCUCAAGCGACCGGUGUGGAGGACGAUGACGAGUGGGAGGAAGCGAGUGGCGACGAAGACGAAGAUGACGAGGCGGGCCCUUCCGGCAUCGUCAUUUCCGCCGGAACUGGCCGGUCGUCCGUUUUCCAACCCAUCGAAGACUUCGCCAACCUGUUCUCAGAGGACUUCGCCGAGGGAACGUACGUCGAAGAUCCUGACGCGAAGAGCGAUCCGAUCAACAGCGUAAAUGUGUCGGAGUACGCGGUCAAAUAUCUGAAAGAGUUGGCUAGGAGAGAUCAGGUAGGGUUUGCAGCGUGUUGUCAAGGCUUGAACCGGACGCAACAGGAAGCGAUACACGCUGCGCUGCAGACCGGCAGCUAAAAUGGUAUGUGCUGCCAGUCUGCUGAUCACGAUCCUAUAUACUCAUGGGUGCACCUCGAGUACAAGCUGAAUAGUCAACUUCGACCCUUGUUUUGUCCGCGCUAUCAAGUAUCUCAAGAAGGAAUCACCUGUCCGAUUGACAAGGAAACGGAGAGUCGGCAGGUAGCUUACGGAGAUAGUGAUCAUGGUAGGCGCUUGGGUGCUUGGCUUGCACUUUUUAUCCAAUCUCUUGCGUCAUGCACUGCGAGCAGCUCAGACAUUGGAUUUGAAGGAUCGAUGCG